AUGUCUAUCAACAUCGAGACCAUCGCCACCUCCCACAAGCCCGUCCGUGGCCCUGCUGACCCAGCAGACCCUUCUGCUGUCUACUUGGGCACCAAGAACCGUCUGCCAGAGUUCGCCCUCACAGACAAGGUGGUUCUUGUCUCCGGCGCCGGCCGUGGUCUGGGAUUGGUCGAGGCCGAGGCGCUGAUCGAAGCUGGCGCCAUUGUCUACGCUCUUGACAGAUUGCCUGAGCCAUCCGAAGACUUUGCCCGCAUCCAAACCAAGGCCACGACACUCGGCACCAAGCUCGAAUACCGCCGCAUCGACGUGCGCGACACCGAGCUGCUCAACAGCGUCGUCGAGGCCAUCGCCAAUGCCGAGGGCCGCCUGGACGGUCUCGUGGCCGCCGCUGGCAUCCAGCAGGAGACGCCGGCUCUCGAAUACACGGCCAAGGACUCCAACCUCAUGAUGGAAGUCAACAUUACUGGCGCGUUUAUGACCGCUCAGGCCGCCGCCAAGCAGAUGAUUCGCUUUGGCAACGGGGGCAGCAUUGUCAUGAUUGCCAGCAUGAGCGGAACGAUUGCCAAUAAGGGCCUCAUCUGCGCCGCCUACAACGCCUCCAAGGCCGGUGUCCUUCAGCUUGGGCGCAACCUCGCCGCCGAGUGGGGGCAGUACAACAUCCGCGUCAACACCAUCAGCCCCGGCUACAUCGUCACCCAGAUGGUCGAGAAUCUGUUUGUGCAGUUCCCCGAGCGCCGCGAGGAGUGGCCCAAGCAGAACAUGCUGGGCCGGCUGUCGCGCCCAGAGGAAUACCGCGGCGCCACCGUGUUUUUGAUCAGUGAUGCCAGCAGCUUCAUGACGGGCAGCGACCUGCGCAUGGACGGUGGCCAUGCUGCGUGGUAG